AUGCCUCCCAAACCUGUCUCUACCGCUAGCAAGGCCCCUGUGUCUUCCGCUGCUAAAGCACCUGCAUCGAAGGCAGCAAAGAAAACGGCCAAGGAGCCAGCGCCUGAAGGCGAGAAGAAGAAGCGCCGCAAAGCUCGCAAGGAGACCUACAGCUCUUACAUCUACAAAGUUUUGAAGCAAGUACACCCCGAUACUGGUAUAUCCAACAAAGCCAUGGCCAUUUUGAACUCCUUCGUCAAUGACAUCUUCGAGCGUAUUGCCACUGAAGCUUCCAAGCUUGCUGCGUACUCCAAGAAGUCGACUAUCUCAUCACGAGAAAUACAGACUAGUGUACGCCUUAUCCUUCCUGGUGAGCUAGCAAAACAUGCUAUUUCAGAAGGCACCAAAUCUGUAACGAAAUUUUCUGCCGGCAAAUAA